AUGAGUUCAUGUAGAGCUUGUGCAACACCUUGUAAGCCACACACUCAAGUGUUACAGACUGAUGGUGAGCCCUUGGCAGAUCCCACUAUGUUUCGCAGUCUAGUAGGUGCUUUACAGUAUCUAACAUUUACAAGACCUGAUCUGGCCUAUGCUGUGAAUCAUGUGUGUCAAUAUAUGAAUAAUCCUACUGAGGUUCACUAUUUUUUGGUGAAGCGUAUUCUCAGAUAUGUACAGGGUACAUUAGAAUAUGGAAUCAGUUUUACAAAGGGUCCUUGGCAGCUUAAUGCAUACAGUGAUGCAGAUUGGGCAGGGGAUAUCAAUACUAGAAGAUCUACAACCGGAUCUGUGGUAUUCUUGGGUAGUAAUCCUAUCUCCUGGCAGUCCAAGAAGCAAGGUUCUGUGUCUAGGAGUUCAACAGAGGCAGAAUACAGGGCCUUAGCAAACACAGCUGCUGACUUGUCAUGGAUUCGACAGGUUCUCUUGGAUCUGAAGAUGUUUCUGCCAAAUGCUCCUCUUAUGUAUUGUGACAACUUAUCAGCACUGGCUUUAAGCUCAAACCCAGUUUACCAUUCUCGAAUUAAGCAUUUGGAUAUAGACUUUCACUUUGUGAGAGAGAAGGUACAAAGAAAGGAUCUUAUUGUCCAGUAUAUACCUACUGAAGAACAAAUAGCAGAUGUUUUUACAAAGGGGUUACACAGUCCCAUUUUCUUACAACACUGUCUUCAUCUUAGACUGAGGAGUUCAGCUGGGUAG